AUAACUUUUCAUUGAUGUACGAUGGUAUUGAUAACUCAAAUAAUAUACUUAUAAAAAUCCAAGAUUUUUUGGUCCUAAUUAUUAUCAAAAAUCUAAAGAGUGCUAAGAAAAAAAGGGAAAAUUUUGAUGAAAAUAUGUUUUUGACUGUAAAUCUGUUGUCAAUUCAUGAUUUAUUAUCAAGAUUCAAUUAUGAAAACCAUGAACUGUUGUUAAAACCUGAAAAUCUCAAUGUAAUCUUUAAAGUUUUAAUGGAAGAGGAUUUAUUUAAAGAAACUUCCAAUGAAGGAAUUAUUAGGGCAUAUUUUUCUAUCAUGAAUGUUUAUGUUGGUCAUACCCAGAAGAUCAGGAAUAAGGAUCAUAAAGAUGAAAAACUUGCAGUGCUUUUACAUGAAUGGGAGAAGUUUAUUUGUAAUAAAACUUUUGAGAUUUUGAAAGAUAACAACAAAUACCCUCAGUUUUACUAUCUCCACAUAUUGGAUUUACUCAUAAAUAUUCUGAAAAAUUUUCAACUUUAUCAAGAGUUUUUAGAUAUGGAAACUAUACUGAUCCCUGCAAUAUUAAACCUUGUUGGACCAGAACAUCCAAUUAACCCAAAUUUAAAAUCUCACCCAAGUACAGAGAGUGCAGAUCAUCUAACUCAGCAACUAAACCACGAUCUUAGCAAUAUCAAUUUUAUAGACCACAAGGGUAAAACUAGGAACACCGAUUUUUACAAAACCCUUAGUCCAUCUUUGCCAAUAUUAUUAAAACUCAUUACCAGUAUAAUUUCAGAGGAAUCGAAUCAUAUUCGAUACGAUGUGGAAAGCUUUGUGCAAAAUUUUUUUGAGCGUUUUAACAAUGGAAGUUUGAAAGAUUCGACUCUUUCGAAUUCCAGGAUUAGGAAUUCCCAAAAGACAUCUACCAUAUACGAUUGCUAUUUCGAAUGCAUAUCCUACGUUCUCUCUACUUUUAAAAAUGAUGAUUGGCUCAAUAUAUUUCUCGAUGAUUGGGUCUAUAAGUUCUGUCGACAUCAAAUAUCAACCCUUUGUAACGUGCACGGCAUUAUUCCCGCGCCCAACCCGCCUUUCAUGCAUAGCUUUGGUAAAUUUUUGCGCGAGUGCGUCCAAAAUGAAAUCGUGAAUUCGUGUAUAGCCACAAAAUGCUUCGAAAUUAUAACGAACGAAUUAUUGGCUCCCAUUGUCUGCAGUGGUGGCGUCGAUAAAUCACCUCGAGAAACGAAGGAAUUACGUUUCCGUUCUCAUAGUACUAAUGAUCUUAUUAAAAAUAUGAAUUUCAUGCACGUAAAGCCAUUCCUCUCAUCUAUUGGUGUCUUAACCUUAUUGGACAACUUAAAAAAUAAGGGAUCUGCUAAAGUAUUUUACGAAAAUUUGGCCUUAUUGUUACACAAAUUCAUAAGUAGUUUGUUCAGGGAUUGUGGCAUCAUCAAUCCUCUACCGAUUUCAAAAGAUAAUAACCACGAAUAUUAUUCUGCCUUAUUACAAACUUUGAGUUAUACUUGCCAAUUAAAUUAUUGUCUCAAAUAUCAACACAACCUCGAUCCAUCAUUAACCCCAUUAUUUCUGGAGAAUCUUCAAAUUUUAUACGAGGUCGAUGGGGCUUUUAACCAAAAUUUAGCGGGAGAAGACUACGAGAGGAUAUUUACGCGAUUGCAUAACGUUUACCAAAAUUCUGACAGAUUCUCCCUCCUGUCAAUCACGCACAUGUCCAGAAUCUUGGCGACUACUUUUUUUCACGUGAAUGACAUGGAUCAGAUAAAAUUAUUCGAAAAUAUCUUCAGUUUAGACAAAUCUCUUUUCACGGGUGUGGUGGACCGGGUCGCGACAUCUGCAACCAUCUACGCGUCUGAUAAAGAAUCAACUAAAUCUUUUGACGCGGACAAGUGCCUCAUUUUGCUCGAUACUCAUAAACUAGCUUUCCUAUUAAACAUUUCCAAAUCAGUAUUUAACGUGUUAGAUUCAAUCUCAAUCGAUCACGGCAGUGAUUUUUUUGAUAGCGACUUUCAGAUUGAAUACCGAACUAUCGAAGGUUGCUUAGACAAUCUUUGCCAAUUUUUUAAAGUAGCUCACCAAGGAAAAGGUGACGAUGCAUCGGCGCGUUUCUGGGAAACACUCGCGAAUACACUGCUAAGCUAUCUUGCCAGGAUUUCCAUAAGCCUUUUGCUAGACGAUGGUGAUGAAAUCUUUAGAAAACGUACUCGUCUCUCACAUAUUGUAAACGGCCUUAAUUGGGUCAGGACCACGAUAAGUCGCGCAGAACCGAACAUUGCGCCAAAUAUCGAUCCGCAUUUCUGUUCCGUUUAUUCGGCUCUUUUAUUCUUAGAUUUGAAUGGGUCAGUUGUGGCUAAAUUCUUUAAUGCUUCCUUAGAUGUGAACGAAACGACAAUCAAUACCAAUUUCGAUACGGAAUCAUACCUGAAUGAUGUAGCUGAAUUUUGGGGUCGUUACAUGCAAAAAUACUUGAACAAAAAUGCACGAAAUAGUGAAAAGUUGAAGGAAAUAGGAAAUAUGACGAGUCAAAAAGUAUUUGAGUCCGAUGAAGAAAACUGUCCUUUCCACAAGAUAUUGCUCAUCAAACUAAUGGAAAAGAUGUUCGCCCUUACCAAAUCAAUGGAUGACAGCGAAAUUGGGUUCGAUUUAGUUUUGUCAUUUUUACCCAAAGAUCCUUCCGCCAUCAAGAAUUAUUUUGAUCGAAGCUUAUCCCAGAAUUCUCAAUGGAACCUUUUGAACCUUCUCUCCAACGAUUUCACUCCAAGAGACAACGAUUCGGGCAGGGAUCGCACUAAUUACCCGUUGAGCGAUAUUUAUUUCCCGUCUAACGAAAACGCUUUCUUCCCUUCUAUCCGUUACUCGAUCGGGCCUUUUCAGGUUGGUUUUUAUAUUAUAAAAUUCUUGGAACACCUGGAAGAGAGAAAAAACAAAAUUCGCUCUCAAAAUCCGCUAGACACUUCUAACAUCAUUGUAAAUUAUAUCAACCCACCCCAGUCAGCUGAUUACGAUACCAAAGAAAUAUCUAACAAAAUUUCGCGUUUAUUAAAUUGGCUCCACCUCUGUUCGCGGAGUUUCAACCUUAAGACCAAUGAAUGUAGUGCUACUAUCUUGAAUACAUUUCUCCGCCAAUGUGUAUUUCAAUACCAAGUUGGACAAAGCUUGAUCGAAAUUGGCGAUUGGGCUCUUAAAUUUACUAACAACUUUUCUUACUUAUAUCCUUUUGGCAAGGAGGUGGAAAAGAAAAUAUUUUUAGCACUGAAUCCCUUACCCCUCAUGCCCAACCCCAAAGCGGAAGAGUUGAUCAAUAGUGUAACGCCCUACGACGAUUUGGAGGAAAAGCGUCGCAACGAACUUAACCGCUACUUUUUCGACAAGCUGGAAAAAUUGGAAAACCUUUACGACUCGCUAACGGCGAUGACAGAAACGGACUCUUUAAUCGUUGAGAAUCAAUUCAUACCACAAAUGGGCAUGGUUUUCGAAGACGUUUCUCAAACAUUUAGGAAUGAAUUCGAUGGAUCCACUAUUGGCGCUCUAUUCCACCCGGUUAAUAGUUUACUUGAGUACGCUUCUAGUUGGUUUUCCAACAAAUUUUUUCUAGAUCUCGUGACUGUUAAAGAGCUCGCGGCAAGCUUAAAACAACCGUUGAAUUCAUUUAGUCAACAAUUGGAACACAAUCUCAAAUUUUCGACCGAUUUUUUCGGCAUGCUUACAACUUUUAUAGAGCACAUAUCGGGGUACCAUUAUCAUCAAGAACACACGAAUUCCAACAAGAACGGGAGAGACGGAAAUGAUGCCGGGUUCGAAGAUCCGAUCACGUUUUUGACUAGGAAAAAUACCGAUUUCUUGCUUUGUCUCGUUGUGUCCUAUACACCGGAUGUUAUAGACAUCCUCGACACGCUUUACGCUGAAAAGGUAUCCGAUUACAAAAUCGAUCACGGGAACUCGUCGAGGAUAAAUGUGAAAUUGUUCAUCCUGAAAUUCUUAAACUUUUCCCAAUCUCUGACUUCGUUGGUAUUAAAUUCCUCCGACAAAUGCCAAGAAACGCGCAAGGAAUUUUUGGAGUUUUUUGCUUCGCCCAUCUAUAUACCCAUCUAUCAAUUCUUUAUGCGAAAUAAGCCUGGUCAUUCUUGCCCCGUUAUAACUCUUCAACAAACCUCCUCCUAUUUGGACGCCCUGGUUUUGGCCUCCCUCUGCAAAUCAGUCUAUUACGCUUCGCGGAUGCAGGAUUUGCUAUUGACCUGCGAGAAAGCGUUGGACGAAAUUCCUAACAAUGACUCAGCAGGGGAAAAUAGCGAUGAAGCGCUCGAGCAUUUAACCCAUGAUAAAUUGAUUUUGCGAUUGAUAACGCGAUUUAUGGACUUUUUGUGCAAUUCUCGGGAUAUAAGCUUGCAAACAUUAUCGUUUUUAUUGGUUUGCGGAACCUUGAAAAAUUAUAAAGAAUGGAGAAACGUUACUAUCUUCGAAACCGAUACGGAAAAGAUUCUUGAACCAGAAGGUGAUGAAGAUAUGGUAUAUCCAAAAAUAAUUAACCUCGUCUUAAACAGAUGUCUAGGGUUGUUGAGCAAAAAAACGAAUGCCGACAUGUUAGCAGAACCGAAAAACGAAUACACUAAAAACUCACUGGUCUUAGGCUUGAAUUACUCCGUUAUACUAACUUUCCUGUGCCUCAGGACGUGUUCCGACCAAUCCCUGAAGUUGAAAGCCAUACAGACCAACGUAAACGACAUAAUGUCUUAUUCCCAAAGCGAAAAUGACAAGCUCGAGAUUAUGGAUGAAGUCCAUAACAUGUUCGCGAAAGAGCGCACCGAUUGUACGCUCGUGGACCUUUGCUUGGACAAAUGCUUUGACGAUAUCUUGACUUGGUCCAACCAACUCUACGAUGAGAACAACAAAAUCUUACCCAGAUAUUGCGAGGACAAACAUGUACUCCAUACCUGGUGGCUCAAAGUUGGAUUACCGUUCCAAGAAUCUUUCGAUGAGAAUGUAGGCGAAAGAAAUAAAGUCGUAAUGGAUUCCUAUUUCGAUUUAUUUGUCAUGGCCGCUAUGGGAAAAAUAUUGAUACCUCGACAAGAUUUCAAAGCUCAACCGACGCUUCCCCCUUCGAGUUUCGAAAUAACUAACAUGAAUCCUUCCACUUUUACUCGCGAAUGCCUUUGUUUGCACCAAGUGUUCUUAGCCUUGAACGAAAUCCCGACCAGACUCAGGCAAGUCUGGUCGAUUUCGCCAGAUAGUAGUGGUGGUAAAAAAUCUAACAGGAGCAAGGCUAACAUAGCGAGAGUCAACAAGUUGCUAUUCGUUCAUUUCGAAUUGGCGAAGCAUUUGAUGGAUCGUGAAUUCGACCGAAUAGCUAUCUAUUUCCCUCAACAAGAUGGCGCCACUGCCAAAGAUAAUUCGGUGGCUAAGGUCAAUAAAGCAAGCUCAAAAUCUGAUAAACCGAAUAAGGUCAUUAAAAAUCCAUUCGCCGAAGAUCAGAACCGAUUUUACGUUAAAGUCAAGAGCAAAGUUCGUGAAAUAUCUGCUACAUACGAAGCUGACGAUUUUUCGAUAGAAAUAGACAUCAAAUUGCCGCUAGAGUACCCGCUGACCCCGUGUCAAAUAACUUGCGACAAAAAAUCCGGAAUUAAUCAGACUCAAUGGAGAACCUGGCUCUUACAAUUAAACGCGCUCAUAAUAUAUAGAGAUGGUUCCAUUUUGGAUGGUUUAAAAUUAUGGAAGCGAAAUGUUGAUAGAUACGUGAAAGGAGCUGCGUCAUGUAUGAUAUGCUUUUCUAUGAUAGACCCAAAGGAUUAUUCCCUCGGCAAAAACACAUGCCCUCAAUGCAAGAAUAAAUAUCAUUCUACUUGUUUGUACAAAUGGUUUAAGACAAGUCAUAACACAACAUGCCCAUUAUGCAGACACCGGUUUUAAAGCCAUUGUCAUAAAUUUUACAAUAUUUAUUUUAUAUUAUAUUUAUUUACUAAAUAAAAAAUCCUGACAAUAUUAUAUAAUGAAUUAAUUUAUAAUUAUUUUAAAAUUUAUUAUAAAUAUUAUUUUCCUUUUGUUUGGUUAAUAUUUUAUAUGAACUGCUAAUGUU